AUGUCGUUCUGGCCGUUCGGACAGAACUUCAAUAGUUCCAACAUCAAUGGAAUUUUGGAGGAGUAUUUCCAUGUUAUGCAUGGAUUGGAGAACCAAACUCAGAAGAUAGCUGGAUCCAAGAGUAACAACAGUAGUACUGUUGGGACUUUAGGAGCUACUGCCGGUGCAGCAGCUCCCGUGGCAGUUACGGACGAUAACGAUCUUAAUGAGACCAAGACAACAACGACAACCUAUAAUAAUGAUACUAAAAGAAUUAAUGACAAUCACGAGAAGAAGGAAAAUGCAAAGAAAAAGAAGAGGCAAGGAUUUGCAAUGGGAUUUGAAGACCGGGAUAAGGAUAGUGAUGUGAUCAUCGGAGACUCAAACGAUUCUGAUCGUUUGGAGCACAAUGUCGAUUCUCACACUACUGAUUUCAUCGAUAGUUCCAAGAAUACUAUUGAUACUUCACCAGGAAGCUCGCAGCAUAAUCCUCGACCUUCUCUAAUACCUACUCCUAGACGAUUCAACGGUACCAGUGAUAUUGAAUCAACGCCGCUAAAAUCAGCUGCCUCUUCCCAUCCCGACUCCUUAUCCACUACUACAACUUCGUCCAGUUCCGCUUCUCAUCUAAGUGACGAAGAAGGACCGAUCCCCUUGCAAGCCUUAAGUCAUAAGUUCAUGGAUGAGAUCUUGGAAGAAACAGAACUUUUGAACGAACUAACAAGACAAAACAAUACCCUUUUGGAUUUUGUUUGUUUUGGAUAUUUUUACACGGAAACUGGUGACAAGGUAGAAAAUAUUGCAUACUUGAUCGACCGGUUAUUGGAUUGCAUUGAUAAGAUAGACGACGAUAACGACUCCGCCAAUUUGGAUACUGUUGGUGGAAAUGAUAAUGUUAACGAGCUUGAUGAUGAUGACAAUAUCAAUGAAGAACAUCGCAUAGAAAACAGAGACGGCAGUAUAAAUGAUGAAGGCAAUAACAACGCUGUACAAAACAUUAGAGAGAGUGCUACAAUUGGCAGUAACGAUAGUGGUAGGGGGGAAACUCACAAUCAAGGCGACGAUAAUGAAGAUGAAGAUAUAGAUACAUUUGGCAACAGCAAAGGUAGUUUUGAAAAUCCACAUGAAUUUACAUCCUCACCUCAUGAUGACUCCAUAAUACCUAUGUUAGACUCCAAGCUGAAGAAAAAAUCGACGUUUCUCAACAAAGCCAAUAUUAUUUCUGAAAUAUUUGCAUUAGAUAUCUGGCUAAUUAGCGAAUCUCUCGUGAAAAAUACUGAAUAUUUGAAUAAAAUUUGGUCCAUUUUAUACCAUCCUAAAUUCACCCAAGAGAAAUCGCCACUUAUUCCAAUAUUUUUGAAGAUAAAUCAAAAUCUCCUUCUCACAAGACAAGACCAGUAUUUAAACUUUAUCAGGACAAGAGAUAACUUAGUCAUUGAUAUGUUAAAACAUAUUGAUAUCUCUCUCUUGAUGGAUUUUUUCCUCAAAAUUGUUGCUACUGAUAAACAAGAGGCUCCCACUGGGAUUAUUGAACUAGUCUCAGAACAAAAACUUAUCGACCAUUUAUUCGCAUUUCUUGUCAAUGAAAAAUAUUCAGCAGACAUUCAAGCAUGUGCAGGAGAUUUCAUUAAAUCAAUAAUAGCAGUAUCUGCUAACGCCCCAUUGGAUGAAAUGUCCAUCGGACCCAAUGCUUUGACAAGAGAAAUUGCAUCUGAAAAAUGCAUUGAUUAUUUACUAGGUUGUAUUAUCAACGAAAGAGGACCGGCUUUAAUGACUGCAGUAUCCAUUACUAUUGAACUGAUAAGAAAAAACAAUUCUGAUUACGAUCAAGUAAACCUUUUGACUACGACUAUCAAAAGUCAUCCUCCUUCAAUGAGAGAUCCAGUUUAUUUGGGAGUCAUGUUGAGAAAAUUUUCUGAAAACCUUGUCAAUUUGAAGCAGAUAUUAUUCGAUAUAGAAAAUGAUGCUAGUAUCCCUAUAAUAAAGAAUCAAAUGGGAGAAAGUUACAAACCACUUGGAUUUGAAAGGUUCAAAGUCGUUGAGCUUAUUGCAGAAUUAUUACAUUGUUCUAAUAUGGGAUUAAUGAACUCUAAGAAAGCAGAAAGAAUAGUAAAAGAACGUGAUCAGGUAAGAACGGAACUAGUUCAACAGUUAGAAGACGCAUUGACAGACCUCAAUAUCAAAUCAAAAUUAACUGCUGAUAAUCACAAUUCUGAUUCUCCUACAGAACUGAGUCUUGAUGACGAUAUUGACGAAUCCUUCGAAGUCCCUUAUGUUAAUGAUAACCAGAAUGCAAAACUUCGGUCCAAUCCGACUAUUGGUGAUUUAUUCAAGAUUGAACUUUACAAUUCUCAACUACUCCCUAUCAUUAUUCAACUUUUCAUAAAAUAUCCAUGGAAUAACUUCUGGCAUAACGUUAUAUUCGACAUAAUACAGCAAAUUUUCAAUGGAAGGAUGGAUUUUUCAUACAAUUCAUUUUUAGUCUAUGCUCUUUUCAGCAACAAAAAUGCUGAACGUUUUGCUACAGAUAAAACUUUAGAUGAUGCUCCGAUUGAUUUCCAAAUAACUCGGGAUUUGGUAUUGCUAGGUUAUAGAAACUCGCAUAAAUUUUACGAGAAACACAAUACCACCCUAGGUUUCAUGGGUCACCUAGUAUUAAUUGCUGAGGAAAUCGUAAAAUUCUCUAAAGUGUACAAAGUUGAUUUAAUCUCACCGGAUAUACAUGAGGUUUUAUUGGAUGAAGAUUGGGACUUCUACUCAAACGAUAUUCUCAAUGAUACAAGAAUUAUGUAUUCAAAAAUUUUAGGAGGAGGUGAUUAUAUUGAGGACGGUAAUUUAAAUGGUGGUGAUAUCGUUAUGGGUAAUGAUCAGGAUCCAACCAGCUUUUCUACACAAAUGGAUCUCCACGAUAAAUUAAGAGAGAAAUUGAUAGAGAAAAGCCGUCAAGAGGUGGAUGAGAAGAAUGAAAAGAAUGGGGUAAUUAUAUUGCCAGCUGGCCCUUAA